AUCAAAGUUAUGAAUCCUUCAAUCGGCGCUCAACUUAAUGGAAACCUAAUAUAAAGAAACUUUCUAUUUAUCAAAGAACACUACAGAGCCCUGAAGAAAUUUUCCGUUUCAACACAAAGUGAGCUUAACGCCCGACUCCCUGCAGGCUUAAAACCUUCUUUAAAAAAUAUAAACAUUUAAAAUAUUAAAUCUUAAUUAACUCAUAAAAAUCUAUUCCUUAGUUUUGAGGAAUAUUUGUAUAUUUUCACGGAUAAUGUUUUUAAACACCCUUCUGUGGAAAAGUUUGUUUAGUGACCGUUAUCUAGAGUUUAGUUCAGUUCCCCUCCUUCCCCCUUGGUAGAAGGAGAUAUUAUGGAGUCAUUCAACAACUUUAGACUCUUUUUCCUUUUAGGAUGCCUACUUCUCCCUGGUAUUUCCUCUGCUGGUAUAGAAGAUAUGGGUUUCAGUUUGGAUCGAACCUAUCCAGCUGAGAUUGGAGACAUGAACGCUACAGUUUGGUGCAGAGCUUCACAACCCAUCCAGUCAAGAAUGUGCACAAUGAGGGUUCCUGGAGACUUCAUUAUUACCUUGGAUUUAGAAUCAGGAGCUGUUAGCACUGGAAGUACAGCAUUGGAAGGAUAUACAGCGUUCACUGAUCAGGAGAACAGGAAGUGUGGAAUCCGGAUACAGUCAGUAGUGCUAGAGGAUCUAGGUCAAUGGGAGUGUAUGAUAGAGAAUGCUGAAGCUCCGAACCAAAUUGGAUUUGUCAACUUGUUAAACAAUGAGAUGGGGUUUGUGAAGGAUGUACGACUACCCCGACAUGUUCUACCUGUCUCCUACAACCUAUCCCUGAUACCCUUCAUCAUAGAGAACAACUACACCAUCGACGGGAACAUCAGGAUCGAGAGCAACAUCGUAGAGGCAGAAAACAAUUGCGAUGACAAGUGUAUUGUUAUGCACACCCGGGAUACAUAUAUAGACGAGGAGAGUGUUCUAGUGAGUAUGGACGGGUUUAAACUAACCGUCUCCAGUGUUGGAUACGACAAGGAGAGAGACUAUCUUAUCCUGUACCUGGAGGAACCACUCACUGCAAACCUGCCGUUAACAAUAUCAUUCCAUUUUAUCAGUCAGCUGCAAGACAACCUGGCAGGAUUCUACAGAAGUUCAUAUUAUGAUAAUCUCGCGAAUGUAACGAAGACGAUCGCAACUACACAAUUCGAAUCUACUGAUGCCAGGCGAGCUUUCCCUUGUUUCGAUGAACCUGAUAUGAAAGCAAACUUUACGAUUGGGUUAGGACGGAAGAAGAAUAUGAUAUCUCUCUCCAACAUGCCUAAGAGUGGGUUGGUUGAGCUGAAUGAGGACUAUGUGAUGGAUAUGUAUGAGACAAGUGUCAGGAUGUCAACUUAUCUUUUAGCGUUUAUUGUUAGCGAGUUUGGAAACACAUUUGCACCAGGACAUGAAAACUUUAAAAUUUGGGCUCAGGAGGAGAAAAUUCCUGAAUUAGAAUAUGCGGCAGAUAUUGGACCUAAAAUUGUUGAGUUCUAUGAGGAGUUGUUUGAUUACAAGUUCCCCCUGGAGAAGAUGGAUAUGGCGGCUAUUCCUGACUUCCAGUCUGGAGCUAUGGAGAACUGGGGACUGAUAACCUACAGAGAUACUGCUAUACUAUACAAUCAAGAAGAUUUCUCACAAAGCAGCAGAUUACGGGUGGUAACUGUAGUGGCCCACGAGCUGGCUCACCAAUGGUUCGGAAACCUUGUCACCAUGAAAUGGUGGAAUGAUCUCUGGUUAAACGAAGGGUUUGCCUCCUAUAUAGAAUACCUGGGAGCUGAUCAUGUUGCCCCAGAAAUGAAACUAUUAGACCAGAUUCUAAACUUUGAUGUUCAUGAUGUAUUCUACCUGGACUCCCUCCCCUCAUCCCACUCCAUCUCCGUCAACAUUGAGAACCCCAUCUUUCAGGAGAACUUCGACAGAAUCUCAUACGGCAAGGGCUCCGUGUUGAUCCGAAUGAUGGAAAACUUCUUGACAAAGAAAACAUUUAGACAGGGUCUUGCAAACUAUUUUAAGGCGCAUGCGUACUCAAACGCCGAGCAGGAUGAUCUCUGGGCCUCCCUGGAGGAUCAGGCCCAGGAGGACGGGGUUCUCAACCAGAACAUGACCGUCAAGCAGAUAAUGGACACCUGGACACUGCAGAAAGGAUAUCCGGUUCUUAAUGUAGACUUCCGGGACGGAAACUGGGAGAUAUCUCAGGAAAAGUUUAACCUUAAUGUUGAGGAGAAGGAGAAGAGUGAAGAACUCUGGAAGAUUCCAAUCUCCUACAGAAGUCUCUCAGAAAAUCUCUCAGACACAACAGUAAACUUUUGGUUGAGUGAGGCUGCUGCUACUAUUCCUGCUAAUUCAACUGAUUAUAAUGAAACCUAUAUCUUUAACAUUGGUCAAAUGGGUUACUACAGGGUGAACUAUUCUCCUGAAAACUGGAAUAGAUUAAUCAAAUCCUAUACUGAUCUUCCGAACUUAAGCCGAGCUCAGCUAGUAGAUGAUGCUCUAAACCUGGCCAGAGCCGGUCAACUUACAUACUCCAUAGCUCUAGAACUUGUUUCAAACAUCAGAUCUGAGAUGGAUUAUGUGACCCUGGGCUCCGCUAAGAAUAGUUUACAGUUCCUAAUGAAUAUGCUGGCCAAGGAUGAGAGGUUCCCCGGGUUCCAGGAGUAUGUCAGAGCUCUGCUCCAGGACGUUUAUCAGCAGGUGAGCGGAAGUAACUCUAAUGAGUAUAUGGAUGUAGUUACACGAAGCCUGGUGUUGGAUUGGGCCUGCUCCCUCGGUAUCCAGGACUGCAUUGAUACUGCCUUAAUAAUGAUUAUGUACAAAGUUAAUCCGUACUUUACUGCAAAAUUAAUAGUGAUUAUGCACAUAGUGAACCCUGAUGAGAAAGGCGAGGUGUACUGUACUAAAAUAUUAAUAAUGAUUAUGUACAGUGUGAACUCUGAUGAGAAAGGCUGGGUGCACUGUACUACAAUAUUUAUAAUGAUUAUGUACAGUGUGAACCCUGAUGAGAAAGGCUGGGUGUACUGUACUGGUAUUAAAUACGGAAAUGAGGAAGACUGGGAUUUAGCUUGGGACAGAUUACAGAAGACAAACGUCCUGUUGGAGAAGUCGACCUUGAUGACUGCUCUAGGGUGUACCAAGGAUACAGCUCUGAUUGAUAAAUAUCUUGAGAGAUCUAUAGAUCCUAACUCUACAAUCAGGACCCAGGAUAAGAGAUACGUUUACCUGGCAAUAGGAGACAGCAGCGAGGCAGAUGGGUCAGCUCGUAUGCUCACCUGGCUCGAGGACAACUGGGAAAAGAUUAAGGAGUUUUACGGGGAUACUUUCGUGUACAAUGUGAAGAACAUGGUUCUCAGGUAUCCGGAGUACUCCAAUACACAAGAGAGCUUUGAUAAACUUCGUUUGUUCCUCUCCACCCAUAGAGGAGAACUGGGGAGCUCAGCUGAAUCCGUGGAUCAGAGCUUAGAUAAAAUAUCCGCAAACAUUCGUUGGAGAGAACUCUUCUAUGAAGAUAUUUUCACGUGGGUGGAGGGGCAGUAAGGGAACAUGGCUGCUUGAAAAUAAAAGACAGAAAAAUAUAAAAAGAGCAAAAACUGAAUACUCGCCACAAAUUAAAUUUUUGUUUUCCUCGUAUAGCAUUGCUGCAACACCUCUGAUAUUUCAAACUACAGUGAAACCCUUAGUAACAAAUACAUCGAAAGAAUUCAUCAAAUGUCGUACUCUUCA